UGCAAUUAGCACUUUUCCAUUUUUGCCGAAGAAUAUAUAUAUAUAUUAUAUAUGCGCAACGAAGUUCAACGUAAUUCGACAUUGGCGCAAAGUGCACGAAUUACAUAUUUGCACGAGUAUCGCCUUUAGAGAAUAUCCGCCAAUUCGUAUAAUGAUAUUACGUAGCGUUCCUAUGCAAUGGUUAGUGCAACUCGCAGAAUGGAGAGACUUUGGCGCGCGAAAUUUAAUAAACUCGGGUCUCUCGAAACAGCGAUAAGGCGACGGAAGGCCGUUUCACUUCUCUUGGAGACACAUUUCACGUUCAAGACAGUGUCUGUAGACAGUGAUAUUGAUUUGGCAAGUACAUGUAAGGGGGGAACAAUGGCACUCCAUGCAUUAAACGUAAUUACUCAACGGUGCAUCGAUGACUCGAGUAACUUUAGCGGAAAAGGCCAAUGCGGAAUCAUUAAAUACAUACGGCAAUACGGAGAGAAGAAAGGGAGAAAGUCGUUGACACGAGAACGGAAAGAACUAUCGAUUCGGCAAACGCCUCUGUCAUCGCGUAAAUUCCGCUUGGGGGGAGGAUCCCGGAGGAUCCAUCGUCCCGAAGAGCCUCGGGUCAGGAUGCUGCCGCAUAAAGAAAGGCGACGCUCGAUUCGGCAAAAAGGCACCCAGUGUCUCGCCCGGAGUCUGAAUGCAAAUGAAUUUCAUUCCCCGACACUCGGCGUUUUCCCGCGCGAGGGGAGGAUCCACGGGUGAGACGGUGUCCGAAAACUAAAGAAUCGUGGCGCCAAAGGCGAGGGUGAUAUCUCGAGAAAUAUUGCGGUGGCCGAUGAGGGAGCGAGGAGCCCGGGGUUGGUCUAGCAGUCUCGAGGAGGCAAAUGUACGUCGACGGUAAUGGUGAUGGUGCUCGCUUGGGGCCGCCGAGGGCGAAAGAACGUAGCGAGGGGGUGGCUCUCUUCGCCCCGGUGCGCAACCGGGCGUGCAACGCGUACCGUUCUGGCGGAAAGCCCCGUGCCGACUUCGACCGCGCCAGUUGUCUCUAGCGGCCAAAGCCGUCGACGUUCCUUUGUAAUGCACCCUGGCAGAGGAAAGAGUUGGCCGAACGUGAUUCGUCAUCGCGAUGAAUAGGAUCGUACUUGCAAUUUGCGAGCGGCUCUCGCGGCUGACUCAUUUGCACUAAUUUGCACUGAGACGUUAAUGAUCGUGGAAUUAAGAAAUGUUUCCGAAGUUUGGAUCGAUAGAAUUAAUAGAGUUUCGUGAAAAAUACAAAGUUCUCCAA